CUUACAUAAGAAUCAAUUGAGACAAGAAGAAAUUUACUAAUCUCAUCACCGUUGCGAUCUCUGCAGUUCCAUGCAAGUCAAACCAGCAAAUUGAUACGGCCGUAGUUUCUAGGUGCUAAAAAUUUCCUCUCCUUGGGUUCUCCUCCAGUACAAUUCCUGUCAACUGCCUCACGAUCAUUCAACCCGGAAAUCAUCAUGGCAGUGCCUGAUCGCAUGGACUCACGUCAUGCGUACUUUAUGAAGCAGGCAUUAAUAAUGGGUGAAAAGGCACUUGAGACAGGCGAGACGCCGGUAGGAUGCGUCCUGGUUUACAAAAACGAGAUCGUCGGUUCAGGGAUGAAUGACACCAAUAAAUCCAUGAAUGGCACAAGACAUGCUGAAUUCAUCGCCAUCGAGCAAAUGCUUGAAAACCACCCUAGAUCGCUUCUUCGUUCGACAGACCUAUAUGUGACUGUUGAGCCGUGUGUUAUGUGUGCUUCUGCUUUGAGGCAAUAUCAGAUACGUACCGUUUAUUUCGGCUGCGGGAACGACAGAUUCGGAGGGACCGGCAGCAUCCUCUCGCUGCAUUCCGACCUCUCGAUAGACCCACCAUAUGUGGUACAUGGGGGGCUAUUUCGAGAAGAAGCUAUAAUGCUACUUCGGCGCUUCUACAUACAAGAGAAUGAAAAUGCUCCCAAGCCUCGGCCUAAGAAACACCGUGAGCUCAAGACGAGCUUUGAAACUAGCAUACCGGGCAGUCAAGCUUCGAGCCCAACUAUCUGAAGUAUGGAAUACCAACUCAUAAAAUGCCUUCGUAUCCUGCAGCCAAUUGUCUGGAUUUACCCAAUAUAAAGGCAAGCUGUUGAAGAGGGUUUCACAUUGCGCUAGAAUAUAAAUACGUAUACAACUGGUUUCGCGGAAACAGAAGAAACAAGGGCAUAUCUAAUGUUU